UUAAGACUUUUCACCUGUUUAUGAACUUUCUCGACAAAUGGACUUUUCUCGCUCUCUGUUCUCAAUCAUCUCCAUCUUCCUCCUCUUAAUUUUUUUUCAAGUAUCUUAUGCCCUAGAUGAUCUUCACUUUACUGAAUGCAGUCCAUUUGACUGUGGAAACCUACGGAAUUUUUCAUAUCCUUUCUGGACCGAUGAUCAACAACGACCUGCAUAUUGCGGCUAUGAUUCUGAAGAGUUCAAACUCAAGUGCAUUCAGAAUCAGCCCCCUGUCAUGACUAUGAGUUCCCAGGAAUUCCUAGUUCUGUACCUCAAUUCAUCUGAUCGUUUGAUAACAAUCCGACGGGUGGAAUUCGGAGAAAAUACUUGUCCUCAGGAGGUUUUGAUAAAGAAUUCUUUUAAUUAUUCUGACACAGCUGAAAACAUUACUCUUUCUUAUGGCUGCCGAAGCAGGGAAUUAGCGAAUCAUAGUUUGACUUGCAAAAAAAACGGAAGGGAAACGUUGGUUAUGUUGUUUAAGAGCAAUGAAAAUGAAUGUGGUGGUGAAAAAGUUGAAAUUCCUGUUGGGAACAAGGCUUUCGAUGAAUUCAUGCGUGGAACUGCCUCUCUGAAUGAAACUUUAGUUCAACCGUUUGAUAUGAAAUACGUUGCAUACGAUGCCUAUUGCAGGCAAUGCAAACAUUCCAGCGGAAGAUGUGGAUCCAACAAUACUUUACCGGGAACAUUUGUCUGCUACUGUCGUGAUCGUCCUCAUCAACUUACAUGCAAACGCAGCGAACCUGGAAGCCGUUUCAGUUUCAAUCUUUCAGGAAAGCUUGCUGUAGGUUUUGGUGGCGCAGCAGGUUGUCUACUGAUCGCCUGUAUCAUCGCACUCUGUUUCAGAACAAAGAUCCCACGCAUUAGAACAACGGGCUUUCUUUGGAAGUUCACAAAGAGUAAUCAAGAUAUUGAGGCUUUCAUAAGAGAUAAUGGAACUUUAGCUCCUAAAAGAUACAGUUAUUCCGAUGUCAGGAAAAUGACAAACUCAUUUAAAGAAAAACUAGGAAAAGGCGGUUAUGGAAGUGUGUACAAAGGGAAGCUACUAGACGGCCACCUUGUUGCUGUGAAACUGCUUGAUGCAUCCAAAGGAAAUGGCCAAGAAUUUAUCAAUGAGGUUGCAAGUAUUAGUCGAACUUCUCAUGUUAAUGUUGUCACCCUUUUAGGCUUUUGUUUAGAGGGUCGGAAAAGAGCUUUGAUUUAUGAGUUCAUGCCCAAUGGAUCUUUAGAAAGAUUCAUUUACGAAGAGAAUACUUUGAAGGACCGUCGGCACUUGACAUCAGAAGAAAUUUACCGAAUUGCAAUCGGAAUAGCUCGAGGGCUUGAAUACUUGCACAGUGGCUGCAACAGCCGGAUUUUGCAUUUUGACAUAAAACCUCAUAACAUUCUUCUCGAUGAAAACUUUUGCCCGAAAAUUUCUGAUUUCGGGCUUGCAAAACUAUGCACCAGGAAAGAUAGUAUUGUAUCAAUGUUGGAAGCUAGAGGAACAAUUGGUUACAUAGCUCCAGAAGUAUUUUGCAGAAACGUUGGAGGUGUUUCGCAUAAAUCGGAUGUCUAUAGCUAUGGAAUGAUGAUUCUAGAGAUGGCUGGAGGAAGAAGUAACGUAAAUGUUGGGGUAAGUGAGACCAGCGAGAUAUAUUUUCCCCAUUGGAUCUAUCGGCAUCUUGAGCAAGGCAAUAUCGAACCGGAAUUGCUCGGUCUCAUGAGUAGAGAAGAAACUGAGAUUGCAAGGAAGAUGAUAUUAAUCGGCUUGUGGUGCAUACAAAUAAAUCCGACAGACAGGCCUUCCAUGAGUAAGGUGAUCGAGAUGUUGGAAGGAAGCAUAGAAGUCUUGCAAAUUCCACCUAACCCUUGUCUUGAUCUCCUCUAAUCUUACCACUGGAUUCUACCU